AUGGGACAGGCAAUUUGGCCAACAAUAUUUGACAAUAUGAAGCCCACAAAGCAUGGAUUUCUGUCUCUCAAAUAUCAACGGGGAAUAUUCCAUUACGGCAAGGAAAGCUAUACUCUGAUAGAAGCCUCUGGAAACGACUUCGAAAUUGCAAACAUGGAAGGUGAUGACCUUGCAAUGCCUGUGAUCCAACCUAGAAAUGACUUCCAGCACACUGAAGUGGACUGGCGGGUAUCUGUUAGCGGCGAUACGCUGAAGGUAGGUUUGGGUUUGAAAGGCAUCGAUAAGAAAUUGGCCUAUGUCACUGUUUCACCGAGCCGUGCAUUGGCAAACCUCUCAAGUGCUUUAGUUGUGGAGGAUUGCCCACACGAUACAGACACCCAGUUAAAUGAUCCUGAUCUUUUUGCUAUUUAUACGCAUCCUUUGGAUCCAGGAAGACCCCUACGUGUCGAUGAUAUUGACCCAGGCGUGGUGGCAGUGGUCCCAGUCAGCGGAAAAUCUGAUCUUCAACUGAUAUCGCUCGCAUGUGGUGACUAUUACGCUCCAAUUGUACUUAGAAACGAAGCAUGUCUUUCAUGCUGUCUUCGCAUUUGCCGAGAAAGCACAUACCCUAUGCUUGUUCUAUGA